AUGUCCGACAGUACGAUCCAACGCGUAGCUGUCAUUGGGGCUGGCAUCAGUGGCGUUGUCAGUGCAGGCCACCUCCUCGCCGCAGGAAUAAACGUCACGGUCUUCGAAAGAAGCAGAGCAGCCGGCGGGAGAGUUCCUAUCGAAGUUCAGUACCCAUGUGUCAAACCGUCUGAUGUGGAGAGGUACAGCCGAGAUGAACGUGAUGAGAGGGAAAGGAAACAUCUGAUACACGCUCCACCGGGGCCCUGUUAUGAGAGUCUCAGGAACAACGUGUCCACUCCAUUACUACGUACAACGCUUAAUGCUUGGCCAGAGGGAACUCCCCGCUACGUCAAUCACCAUGUCCUCAAGGACUACAUCCAGGAUACCUCAAGGGUGGCAGGCGUUGAUGCUGCAACAAUAUAUGGCGCUUUAGUGACAAGGGUUUUCAAAAAUGGUCAAAAGUGGCAUGUGGUUUGGAGCUCAUUGCAUGAAGAUAGCCAUACAAAAGGUGUCGUUGAGCAACAACAUACAGAGAUAUUUGAUGCGGUUGUGGUGGCAUCAGGCCAUUAUCACACUCCAAUGAUUCCGGAUAUUCCUGGACUUACUGAAGCAAAAGCCAAGUGGCCAUCGAAGAUUACACACUCAAAAUCCUUUCGAAAUGCAGAAGGAGUUGAAGGAAAGAAGAACGUGCUUUUGAUAGGCGGGGGUGUAUCUUCAGUGGAUAUAGCCCGGGAGAUCAGUCCAGUCGUCCGGACGGUAUAUCAGAGUACUCGAAAUGGCUUAUUUGAUGUCCCAGCCAGCGCACUGCCAAAGAAUGCGACGAGAAUUGAGCAGGUGGCGUCAUUUGAGAUGGAUUCAACAGAUACAGCAGAGACUCACUUACCUCUUACCGUUCGCCUCAAAUCUGGCCAAACCCUCAAUAACAUUGACAGAAUCGUUCUCUGCACGGGGUAUCAGAUGGUUCUGCCAUUCCUUCCGGAAUUUACCGACCAUGGCGAGCCCGUUGCCUCGCCCGACUCGGUGAUUGUGACGGAUGGCACCCAAUUCCACAAUUUACAUCAUGACAUAUUCUAUAUUCCGGAUCCAACCCUGGCCUUCGUGGGUGUUUCCUUCUAUACGGCAACAUUUACUCUUUUUGAGUUUCAGGCCAUUGCAAUCGCAGCAUUGUUUUCUGGAGUGGCACAGCUCCCUUCGGUGGAGAGUAUGAGGACGGAAUAUAAGACCCGAGUUGAAACUAAGGGCCAUGGUCGUAGUUUCCAUUCGCUCAGGGGCGAGGAAGUGGACUAUGUUAAGCAAAUUAUCGACUGGGUGAAUACCGCUAGAUUUGCGCAUGGCUUGCCGUCGAUUGAAGGACACACUGCUUCUUGGUUGGAAGAAAAGAAAGUUCAUGUCGAAAGACUUAUGUCGAUCUGGCAAGGAGCUAUUCCAUAUGGGAAUACAGUCGAAGCCGCCUCGGGUGUGGAAGUUUCAGCAUAA